CCUGGAGGCCUCUCGGUUGCCCCGGCGCACGGCAGCCUCGUGGGCAUCUAUAACGGGGAGGAGUUCGUCUUCGAGGAGAGCAGCUGGUACAUCGUCAACCUUCUCAAGCUCCUCUGGCGCUACGGGCUCAACCCCCUCCGAAUGUACAUGUGGGUGGAGGACAUCCUGGACAAAUUCAUGCGGAUCUAUCGCUACCAGACGUACGACUACGCCUUCAGCAGCAACGAGCGCCUGCUUCACGCCCUCGGAGGGAACGACUUCACCCGCAUGCUGAACAAAACCAUCGAUGAAGCCAUGCAGGAAGCCGGCUUCUCCCAUAAAUUCAUAAACGAGGUGGUUUGUCCGGCCAUGAGAGUCAAUUACGGGCAAGGUGUCACAAUCAACGGUUUCGUAGGUGCUGUUUCUCUGGCAGGGGUGGAAUCGGGCCUCUGGUCAGUAAAAGGGGGGAACAAACUCGUCUGCACUGGCCUAAUCUACGCCUCCAAAGCUGAAGUUAUCCCUGGUACGGUUUUGUCUAUAGAGCCAAAAAUCAGACCCAGACCUACAGGGGACCCAGUGAAGCUCUACCAGGUCACUUACAACACGACGUCGGGACUAACAGGGGAUACGUACGACAUCGUCAUCAUCGCUGCUCCGCUGAGCCGCAAAAUGGCCAACAUCACCUUCAAGAAUUUCAACCCUCCUGUCCCAGAGUUCCCAAAUCCUUACCACCAGACUGUCACGACGUUAGUGCACGGACGAUUAAACGCCUCCUUCUUUGGCUACCAGGACCCCUCCACCUUUCAUUUCGGUGCCAUCUUCACUACGGAAAAUCCCAAACUCUUCGUCAAUAGCCUGGGGGUGGUGUCUCCCGUGGAAGAGGGAGGCAGCGACGGGAAGCUGCCCUUGCAGGUGGCCGUCUGGAAGGUGUUCUCAAAGGAGGUGCUCACCAAAGAGCAGCUUAACUUGCUCUUCUCCUCCUAUGACUCUGUCAAAGUGAAGGAGUGGUUGGCGUACCCCCACUACAGCCCCCCGGAAAAAUGCCCUCCCAUCAUCCUCCACGACAAUAUCUACUACUUGAACGGCAUCGAGCGGGCUGCCAGCGCCAUGGAGAUGAGCGUCAUCGCGGCCAAAAACGCCGCCCUGCUCGCUUACCACCGGUGGUACGGGAACGGUGACAAGAUUGACCAGGAGGACUUGCACGAGAAGCUGAAAACGGAGCUCUGAGCACUACAACCCGUCGCGUACUGUAGCCAUUUAGCCACAAUUAACACUAACGAAUGAGGAACUCCUUGCUUAGCCCUAAGGAAAGAGGAGAUCCCCCCAGCCAGCUCAAGACUAGAGCCAGCAGCGAAAAGGUGGAGGAAGCUUUCCCAAGUGAGCUGGGCCUUUCCUCAAGUAAACUCCUCGCUCUAUCCCUACGGCAGAUUAAAAAUGACGUUUUUCAAUGCCACAUUGACCCCAAAAGUGCCCUCCAUGGUAAGGACUUGUCCAAACUCAGGAUCUGCUGCGCUGCGAUGAACCUGUGUGCAUCCGCUUCCCUCCUCCUGAUGCCUUUCAAGCGGGGAAAAACCAAUUUCUUGACUGUAAAUCUUUCUGCAUUGAGUAUUUUUGGAAUGGUGGGUCAGGUAUUAUUCCUUGGGGUGGGACUAGUGUGGUGGAAAUCGGGAGCCGUGGUCUUAAUUUGCUUCCAGAACAAGUA